AUGGCAAAGCUCGAGACAUCACAGUCCAACUCGGACUACCCAGCCCCUAGAGACGAUGAAGAAAGUCUCACCCUACACAAAGAUUGGAGUCCAGAAGAAGAGAAAAAGGCCAAGAGAAAAUUAGAUCUGGUCAUUAUGCCUCUUUUGACCCUGGGCUUCUUCUGUCUUCAACUCGAUAGAGGAAAUAUCGCCAACGCUCUCACGGACAACUUCUUCGAAGACGUCGGCAUAACUCAAAACCAGUUCAACGUCGGUCAACAGAUGCUUUCGCUUGGCAUCGUGCUGUUCGAGAUACCUUCCAAUAUGAUCCUGUACCGUGUAGGCCCUGGAAAGUGGCUCACUCUGCAGCUCUUCCUCUUUGGAACCGUGAGCACUUUCCAGGCCUUCCAAAACAACUACGCUUCCUUUGUAGCGACUCGCUUUUUGUUGGGAUGUACUGAGUCAGGCUUCAUCCCUGGAGGAUUAUGGACAUUAUCAACUUGGUACACUCGAAAGGAGACUGCCAAGAGAGUCAUGUUCUUCUACUUUGGUAACCAAUUUGGUCAGGCUAGUAGCAAGUUGCUCGCGUACGGAAUUCUUCACAUGCGAGGAGUAGGUGGAAAGAGUGGCUGGUUUUGGCUCUUUGCACUGAUGGGAGGCUUCACUGUUCUUUGUGGCGCUGUACUUGGCUGCUUCUUACCUGACUCCUUCAAGAACCCACGAAGCACAUUUUUACCAAAUGUCAAGGUCUUCAGCGACAGAGACCUGCACAUCCUACACACAAGAGUUCUUCUUGACGAUCCUAUGAAGGGAAAGAAGAAGAAGAAGAUUGGUCUUCCUGCUUUCAAAAAAGCUUUCUCCAAUUGGCGCCUUUGGUUUCACGCCGUCAUCACGCUGUGUAACAACGCCCCUCAACGAGGUUUUGACACAUACUCUCCUUCGAUUGUCAAGAGCUUUGGGUUUGUAGGCCUGACCAGCAAUGCUCUCGCCUCUGUUGGUCUCUUUCUUCAGAUUCCUGUCUCUUGGUGCUUCAGUUAUGUCUCGGAUAGAUUUAACAUGAGGCCAGAGACAGUCAUCGCAGGUUUGAGCCUUCAUUUAUCUGGAUAUGUUUUAAAUCGAAUCUUCACAGAGCUCUCUCUAAGAGGCGUCAGUUACUUCGGGGUGGUAGCGACCCAAGUUUUCGGUACCUUCUCUCAUCCUCUCAACAUCGCAUGGAUGUCGUUAGCUUGCGAUGAUUCCGAAGAACGAGCCCUUGCCAUGGCCAUGGUCAUCAUGUUUGCAAACAUUGCAGGAAUUGCAGGCGCCCAGAUCUUUCGUUCCGACGAUGCACCAAAGUAUCGCCGUGGGUUUAGUAUCAACAUUGCUAUCCUUGCCGUUGGCCUUGCGCUCGCCGCUGUGCGCUAUGUCGACGAUAAGUUUUGGCGUCGCGAAAAGGUUGCUGAAAUCCAGCAGCAGCUUGCUCAGGAGAACGAGAGCACUGGUGACGAGAAAAGUGAUGGGCAAAGAGAGAUUAACCCUACUCUGGGACUUGAGAAGUCUUCCCCCGCCAGUUUAAACCCUCUUUUAUAA